UCUCACCCUUCGCAGUGAAUUCUGUCUGCUGGGCACCGCAUGACUACGGGCUGAUCCUGGCCUGCGGGAGCUCUGAUGGGGCCAUCUCGUUGCUGAGCUACACGGGUGACGGGCAGUGGGAAGUCAAAAAGAUCAGCAAUGCGCACACGAUUGGAUGUAAUGCAGUUAGCUGGGCUCCUGCUGUUGUCCCAGGAAGCCUCAUAGAACAACCGUCUGGUCAAAAACCAAACUACAUCAAAAGAUUUGCAUCUGGUGGCUGUGACAACCUUGUCAAGAUCUGGAAGGAAGAAGACGGUCAGUGGAAAGAGGAGCAGAAGCUGGAGGCUCAUAGUGACUGGGUUCGAGAUGUAGCUUGGGCUCCAUCCAUAGGUUUGCCAACGAGCACCAUUGCUAGCUGCUCACAGGAUGGCAGAGUAUUUAUCUGGACUUGCGAUGAUGCCUCUGGAAAUUCAUGGUCACCAAAGUUGCUGCACAAGUUCAACGAUGUUGUCUGGCAUGUGAGUUGGUCCAUUACUGCAAAUAUUCUUGCAGUGUCUGGAGGAGACAAUAAAGUCACGCUAUGGAAGGAAUCCGUGGACGGGCUGUGGGCAUGUAUCAGCGAUGUCAACAAGGGCCAAGGAGGAGUGUCUGCCGUUACGGAGGGGCAGCAGAACGAGCAGUGAUGCAACAAGUGAUCACUGUGCCUGACUUGCAAUGCUUCUUGAACCAGACGAGAACUGAUUUUAUCUAAACUGGACAUGAACAUGGGAAACAACAAUUAUCCAAUUUUAUGGGAACCCUCUAACUAUUACUGGGAGGCUACAAUAUGUUGAUAAUUAGCCUUAAUUGACAUUCCCUCAAAUUUAAGGUAAAGAGCUUAGCAAAGUACUGUGCCUUAUACUACUCCUUGAUGCUGCAGAAAUUGUACCCCGCUUUUCUGGUUUAGCGAUCAAAUUUAAUUGGAU